AUGUCAUACCGACCUCACCUGGGAGGUGGAGAUGACCCUUCGCGACCACCUCUAUUCCACCAUUCAUCACUAUCACUGAAUGCCUCGAGCUAUCACGCUCCCACGCAGCCUGGGGGUCGAUCCGAAGACGCGCAAUAUCGUGCGAUCCUGGACAGGGUUGUCGAAAAAGCUAGAAGAACAACAUUUGGGACAAUCAACUCGAGUGGCAGGCGGGAUACUCUGUCCAGUGGCGGGAGGCACGCGGAUGCGUAUGAAAGCUUUGACGGACUGGAUGUCGUAGGUAAAUUUCGGUCCACUAACCAACUAGAGCGUGACAAGAAGAUUGGAGCAGCGGGCGAGUUAUUUAACAGAAGGGAGACGGCAGAUCUAGUCUAUGUCGAUAGUGCAGGACACUUCACAGAUAUGCUCAUUGGCUGUGGCUAUCUCGAUCAUGAUGACUGGCACGGGGCGCGACCCAAGUAUUACAUAGAGGUCAAAACCACGACUAGACCGCGUGAUACCCCCUUCUAUAUGAGCGGCAAGCAAUACCGGCUGAUGCAACGCGUUCACUCCACGGAAGAUCGUUCAGAAGUUUACAUGAUUUUCCGUGUGUUUUGUCUGAACGACGACGGGAUCGGCUUGAGUGUUUAUUUUGACCCAGAGAAACUGAGGCAGGACGGGCAGCUUGAGUUUACGGGACAGACGUGGUCUGUUACUCCAGUGAAUGGCACGGAGGCGGAUGGUUAA